AAGAUCAUUUCUCGUAUAAGAUUCCGCCAAUGUGGAGUCUGUUAUUUUAGUCGUACGACACAUGAAACAGAGCUGGAAAAGCUCCUUAAAAUAUGAACUCCUUUUAAAAAUAUAGCAAGAUGUCGGCCGGGGUAUUACGAAUAUCUUUAACCAACAGUAUGUUGACUGUUGGGAAUCUUUUGAAACCAUUUGGAGCUUGUUCUCCUCAACGAUUGAAGCUGUCAACACAAUCCCAACCUGAAAUCCAAAGCAGAGAAGAAAUUGAAGUAUCUUCGAUAGAUCCUCUAAAGCAUCCUGAUUUCUUUGGAGUACAUCAACUUUUUACAGUGAAAGACUUGUUCGAUGCAAAAGUACAUUUUGGGCAUAAGAGAGGAUCCUUGGAUGAUCGAAUGCGUCCUUUUUUAUUCGGUUCUCGUUUUAGCCACCUGAUCAUUGACUUGGAUCAAACAGCAGAGUUAUUGAGAGAAGCAUUAAACUUUACAGCACAUGUUGCAUUCAGAGGUGGUAUUAUACUGUUUGUCUGUAGAAAUCCCCAAUUUUCUUAUCUGGUGGACAAAACUGCUAAAGAAUGUAAAGAGUUUUCUCACACAAGAAAGUGGAGGGGUGGAACGUUUACAAAUUCUACGAUGGAAUUUAAAUCUACGACGCGACUUCCUGAUCUAUGUAUAUUUUUAUCAACGCUCAAUGGUGUACUGUUAGAGCAUGCUGCAGUGCGGAAUGCUGCAAAAAUGUGUAUACCCACUGUGGGGAUUGUAGACACCAACUGCAAUCCAAAUCUGAUAAGUUAUCCCGUUCCAGGGAAUGAUGAUUCACCAUCUGCCAUAGAACUUUAUUGUAAAUUAUUUAAGAUGGCAGUUCUUCGAGGUAAACAAGGGCGACAAAAAUUAUUCGAACACUAUCAAGAGUGAAAAACAAAUAGUAAACUUUUUAAAUUUAUGUUCAAAUAUAUACAAGUCUGUAAAAGAAGUACAUAAACGUACAAAAACUUGUAA